CAGUACGUUACAAGGAAGUGGUUCACUUUAGCGUGUUUUGGUUAGCAGGUGUAGUUUGCUAGCAGCUAGGCUAGCUUUAGACACUGCCAACACAUCAGUGGCUAUGGCUUUUAGCUUUUGCUUUUGCUUUGGUGUGACCUUGCUGCUGUCUAUGUGGUCAAUGGCAACAUGUCAUAUUCCCGAUGGAGCUGUUACUAUGGAGUGUCGUGAUCGUUACUUCACGAUAGCUGUUGAUCUCUCCUUCGCUGAGAAAGAACCUAAUUUUGAGGCUGUUGAUGAGACAGGUGUGUAUCCUAUCACUGUGAAGUAUGCAGCUACGUGUGGUUACAGCACCAAUCUUCUCCCUCUACUGGGCCGUAUGGAGCUACGAGCAUCUUAUUUCAGCUGUCACACUGACAAUACAGAUGACGAAGUGUUCACGUUCAACUUCAAUCUAAAUGCAAUGCAUGGAGGAGAGGAUAUCACCUAUGCUUUGAACAAAACCUGUUCUCCCACUCUCCCCUGGUCUCCCAGAGAGGUUACCUGUGAGGUUAACUACAUGGAAGUGUCUGUAAGGAGUGACAUGGCCUGUCCAACUGGGACAAAACAAGACGACUGGGAUGCUGUAGUCCAAAUGGCCUAUAUUUCAGCCACUUCAGACUGGCAGGUGCUGUUGCACAGAGAUGGGGAGCAGUUGAUGCCCAUGAACCUCUCUGAAGCCCAUAAGCAGGGUUAUGCAUUUGACUUGACAGAUGGAAGGCUUGUAUUUCGCACACCAUACGGACAACCUGACUCGCUCAGCACUACGGUGAAUGGCGUUCCAGUAGAGGUGAUCCAUGCAGCUUUGUUCUCCAGACAAAACUGGGUUGUCCUCAUGGUCGACCUGGUGGCUGCUUGCUCCAUGUAUGAAGGAUCAUAUGAUGAAAGCGGAUACAUGAUGUGGGAGACUCCAGAGGAGCUGCACCUGCUGAUGUCUGGUCUACAUGAGACACAGAUCAACGUUGGAGUCAAUGGUGAACUUGUGGAGCAGCCAGUUGCAGAAGAGAGAGGCUACAUUGUGGAGAAGCACAACACCACAGUCCAGAUCAGCAUCCCCUAUAAUGCUGAAGGAGGAUACAGGAAGAGCUUGGUGUCUGGUGACCUCUACGAGUUCUAUGUCUUUGAUCUCUACGUGGAGCAAAUCUCAGUGGAUGAGGAUCAUGUUGACACCAGACUUCGUUUCCACAGGACACUAGCCACUCCCCUGCUGCCACGGCCCGUUUUUAGUUUAAACCGAACGGUUCUUGAGGAUCGCACGUUCACGGUCUACCUCGGAGAUGUUCCUGAGGACGUAGAGCUGGCAGCUGUUCAUCUGAAUGGACAUAAAUACAUGCUGCCAUUUAAUAAUACAAGCAGCCAAACCAUCACAAAGGUUGUUCAUCCCAACAACACUCAUGGCUACACUCUGAAGGUGCCUUUUGACGACCCUGUCGUUGUACAAAAGUUCUCUAAAGAACAAGCAGUUCUUCAGUAUAAGCUGGACGUCAACUACACAAUGACAAUUUUGCCUGAAAAUGAGCCUUAUUACCACCUGGAAUCUGUUGAGGCAUUGUUCACAGAUGUGUCUCCUCCGACCUUUCAAGCCGUCUGUUCGGAGUCUGGGAUCCGCUUCAAACUGGACCACCGGUCUUUUGACUACAUGUGGGACAUCAGUGUUGGUUCAGACCUGCUGACAUCAGAGCUGGCAGCCCAGCACGGCUACAUCCUGAGCAACAAUAGCCAGAGUCUGCUGCUCGACGUGCCGCUCUUCACUCAUGGCUACAAGUACAAGGAUGUCACUUUGAAGGGAUUCUUUGGCACUUUUGAGAUCCUUGUGCGGGAUCAUGACACAUCGGAGGUCCAGAGCUCCACUGUCAAGACUUGUCCCUUCACUGCUACUGAACUCAUUUUGUGUUCAACUGACGGGAGGAUGACCGUGGUGGCUGACUUGUCUCUGGCCAUCCCAAGUGGAGGAGUUCCUGCUAGAACCAACCUCGUAGACAAAUACUGCGGACCCAAAGAGGCAGACGACACCAAGGCUCUCUUCUCUUUUCCACUCAACGGCUGUGGAUCCACAGUCAAGCUCGGCAAGGAAUACGUGACCUAUGAGAACGAGAUUUUCUUCAGCCGGAAGUUGAACGCUCUGAAAAAUCCAGCAGACUCCAGCAAUGACAUUGACAAGGUGAUGGUGCAGUGUACAUAUCCUCUGGCAGGACUGUAUCGACUUUUCUCAGUGUACAAGUUUGAGUCCGACACGGCUGGCAUCGGUCGCAUCGUGCGUUCUGCACGCUCCGCUGAAGGUCUACAGAGUUCCACCACCAAGCCCCCUGCUGUGCUUCAAACGGCAGUGCCCGCUACAAGACUCACCCCAAGACCUGUCUCUAUUAAACCUGGUUACCGUCCUCCUGCUCAGUACAUCAGAGUAUCUAGUUUUCUAAAUCAGUUUAACAAAGGAGCUAGAGGAUCACCACAAGCUAAAGUGACACCAUAUAUUGGAUUGUGACUGCAUGUAUUUUAAAUGUAAAGUUGAAUAAAUUUGUCUUAAAUGCUC